GCCAAUCUCACUUUGCCUUGUGUCCAUUUCUCCCUCUUCCAGGCCUGGGAAGUAAACAAAGAGACCAACUGUGUAACCACCUACCUGGCAGACUGUGAGACUCAGCUGUCCCAGGCCCCAAAGCGGGGCCUGCUCUAUGGAGUCCCUGUGAGCCUCAAGGAGUGCUUCAGCUACAAGGGCCAGGAUUCAACACUGGGCUUGAGCCUGAACGAGAGCAUGCCUGCAGAGUGUGACAGUGUGGUGGUGCAGGUGCUGAAGCUACAGGGCGCUGUGCCCUUCGUGCACACCAACAUCCCUCAGUCCAUGUUCAGCUAUGACUGCAGUAAUCCCCUCUUUGGCCAGACCUUGAACCCACUGAAGUCCUCUAAGAGCCCAGGUGGCUCCUCUGGGGGUGAAGGGGCCCUCAUUGCGGGUGGAGGCUCCCCCCUGGGCUUAGGUACUGACAUCGGAGGCAGUAUCCGCUUUCCCUCCUCCUUCUGUGGCAUCUGUGGCCUCAAGCCCACGGGAAACCGCAUCAGCAAGAGUGGCCUGAAGGGCUGUGUCUAUGGACAGGUAGCAGUGCAAAUGUCAGUUGGCCCCAUGGCCCGGGAUGUGGAAAGCCUAGCACUGUGCCUGCGAGCGCUACUGUGUGAGGACAUGUUCCGCUUGGACGCUGCCGUGCCCCCGCUGCCCUUCAAGGAGGAGGUCUACACAAGCUCUCGGCCCCUGCGUGUGGGGUAUUAUGAGACCGACAACUAUACCACACCAACCCCGGCCAUGAAGCGGGCCCUGCUGGAGACGAAGCAGAGCCUGGAGGCUGCUGGCCACACGCUGAUCCCCUUCCUGCCAAGCAAUAUACCCCAUGCUCUGGAGAUCCUCUCAACAGGUGGGCUGUUCAGUGAUGGUGGCCACAGCUUCCUACAGAACUUCAAAGGUGAUUUUGUGGACCCCUGCUUGGGAGACCUGAUCUCAGUUCUGAAGAUACCCAGGUGUUUGAAAGGACUGCUGGCUUUCCUGCUAAAGCCUCUGUUCCCGAGGAUGGCAGCCUUUCUUGGCAGUAUGAAGUCCCGGUCGGCUGGAAAGCUCUGGGAACUGCAGUACGAGAUUGAGGUGUACCGCAACUCUGUGAUUGCCCAGUGGAGAGCACUGGACCUGGAUGUGUUGCUCACGCCCAUGCUGGGCCCUGCUCUGAACCUGAAUGCUCCCGGCAGGGCCACAGCGGCUGUCAGCUACACUCUGCUCUACAACUGCCUGGACUUCCCAGCGGGGGUGGUGCCUGUCACCACAGUGACCGCUGAGGACGAGGCUCAGAUGGAACAUUACAGGGGCUACUUUGGAGAUAUCUGGGACAAGGCGCUACAGAAGGCCGUGAAGAAGAGCGUGGGGCUGCCCGUGGCCGUGCAGUGUGUGGCUCUGCCCUGGCAAGAAGAGUUGUGUCUGCGGUUCAUGCGGGAGGUGGAGCGACUGAUGACCCCUGAAAAGCAGCCAUCCUGACUGCCACCCACUGGGCUCUGGGGACCUGAGAUCCACUCGAUCUGUGCCCAGCCUAGUCUGGGCACAGCUGCCACCCUGUGAGGAAAUGUUCAGCCUGGGCCAGAGGCUUCCAUGUACCCCUCCCCUGAUCUUCUACAAGAAGCACAGACGCCCUGAGUCUGGACCUUGCCCUGCCUUCUGAUCCCUCCCUCUGCCCUGACAUGCCCACCACAUGGCAGGCAGUGGGUGUGACAUGGGCAAAAGCCCACUAACAGUCAAGAAAUGUUUCUAGUCUGUA